AGCACCGACGACAUAAAAGGAAAGAAUAUGUUUCCAACUAAGCUCAGCUGGUUGACUCAAGAAGACGCUCGGAGUCGCAGGAAAGCGACUGCAGAAAUCAUGCGGUAGAAGCACUUCUUCUCUGGUUAUUGUUCUGCUGUUGGUUCAGCACUCUGCUCUUCGCUGAUAGGAAUGGACGCUGCAGCAGAGAUCAGUGCCGUUGUCGCAGAGUACGCGUCGAUGCUGUCGAGUAUCGAGCGCGUGCCGGAGCACCCGGAGAGCGUCGAUAUCCAGACAAAGGAGAACGUCGCGGUGAGAGUGGAGGUCUCGUCCGCGGGUUGGAGGAUACAACACAUAUCCUGCGACAAAGAUGCAGCGCUGCGACGGCAACUCGCGGAUCUCGUGGGAUCAGUGUACGAGACCGCAGAGGGACUGUUGAUGCGGGUGUCGCCUGCGUUUGUGAAGGAGUGGCAGGCGAGGUUGGUGGCGCAGUUGGAGCUGAUAGGAAGUGUUGAAGAGUAGAGUAUAUACAUUACAAUACAAAUACAACAAUAUAAUACAAUCAAUACUGCUG